AUGUUUGCUGUCGGAGCUUAGGUCAUUGUGGUGGUUAGGUUGCUGAGACGCUACAUUAGCUAAGCGUUAGUCUUCUUCCACCUAAUCAACAUUUUAAAACGUAGAAUUUCCACUAUAGCUGUUAUGGUUUGACCAAACUUCCUAAUCCUUCACUAGGUAUUUUUUAAGGCGACGGAGCAGCCAGCGAGCCACCGACGAUAGGGAGAAUGUCUAGCCGUCUGGCCUUUCAGACCCAGCUGGCCUCCAUUAUGGAGGUCCUGGCUAAUGCAGCAGUGGCGGAGAUAUGUAAGCUAGUAGACGACGACUAUGCCGUGGUGAGUUUACAGAUGUCUCAGUGCCAGAGAGAGAACAAAGCCCUAAAGAGGAAGCUGCAUUUGCUGGAGCUGAAGAUGGCCCGGGGAAACGCCGAAAGGAGGCUCCGGGAGAGCGCCAUGAACAGCAGCCGAUCCAGGGUGCAGAUAAGCACCACCGGUGGUGUGUUUGAGCGACGGAUGGACGUGGCUCUGUGGUCCGGUAGAGCUGCUGCAGAGGAUGCAAGCAGCGAGCCCAUCCAUUUUGACAGUGUCCGGAGUAAGUCUCCAGACGUGGAGCUGGUGGAGCCAGAGCCAGUGCUGGUAAAGGAGGAGAGGGUGGAGCCAAACAUGUCACAGGUUGAAGAAAGAGAGGAAAACGUGUCGCUUAUCAGAGAUGAUGGAGUGUUGGAGUGUGUCCCUUGUGGACCUGUGAGACCCAGCCUUGGACAGCAGGACAACAAAUCCACUUCCUGUCAGACCUGGUCCCAGAUCCAGAGCAGUAGGACAAGGCAGGCCGGCAGCAGCAGAGGAGUGGAGAAGGAGGAGGAGCCGGAUGUGGUGCUGGUGAAGAUAGAGGAGGUGGAGCCGGUGACGGGCACUCAGAACCAGACAUGCCUCAGCAUACAAGAGGGGUUGGUGGAAUCGAGCACCGAUGACUGUAGAGCAGUUCUGCCAUUUGAUGAAAUCCCAGAAACCUCCAACAAUUGUUUGUCUGACCUGCAGGAGUCUGGGCGGGGCUUCUCAGAGUCUGCGGCACCUCAGCCAACGCCGGUGAUAUCGGAAGAGCCUAGCAGUAUUGUAGCAGUCCAGCUGAGAGUACCAGACACCAACACACCCGCCAACCCAAAAACACAACAGCAGCAGAGAUCCAGCAACAACAAUCCUCUCAGCUCUGAAUAUUCUCUGUUUGAACUUGAGACAUUCUUCACCCGUUGGGCCCCUGAUAGGGACUCGGCCGGCAGUGGCCCUUCGUGUCCUUUUACCACUGAUAACCCAGCACAGAGUGACCAGGAUGAUGUUAUUAUUGAAGGGCAGAGUUUCUCCUCAGUUCAGAUGCCGCCAUCUGAGUCACAAGGCCUGUCAGCAGAGCCUUCUGCGGCCGUACCUCUGAGGAUGCAGGCUCCAUCCUCCCAGCCUUUAUGGAGCAGAAAACCAGUCAUGAUCAGAAGUGCACAUGCUCAGCUGCUGCAGCAGCAUCCUGAUAGCAACAGGAUCUCUCGGCAACAACACGUCAUUCCCUCUGCACAGUCAGCACGGUCCUCCACCACAGCUGCUGUCAUUCACACUAACAGUGGUGAUAAAAUAACUACCUCUGGUAUCAGCUCAAACAGUAGGACUAUGAGCUCCAGAUCUGUCGCGGGAUCCACAGCGGCGUUGGCCGGCAUUGAGUUGGCAAUUGCUGUGCAGCAUCGAGCCAACCUCUUAGCUCGCCACAAUAAAAGCCAGGCUGCCAGCAUGGUGCCCAGCGAGGGCAGCAGGAAGAGAUACAUAUGCCGAGCCUGUGGUAAAGCUUUCUCUGGUCUGUCCAAUCUGGAGGCCCACGAAAGAGUCCACACGGGGGAGAAACCUUUCCGCUGUGACACCUGCGGGAAACGCUUUUCAGAGGCCGGAAACCUGAAAAAGCAUCAGAGAGUUCAUACCGGGGAGAAACCUUUCAGCUGUGAAAAGUGUGGGAAAAGAUUCGCCUGGAUCUGCAACCUGAGGACGCACCAGCAAUCUGCCACAGGCUGCGGACCACAGGCUAGUGGGGGGCUAGGACUGGGCUGUUAAUGCCAGUUGUUUUUUUUUACACAUUGGGGUUGAUGCAUAGACGGUGUAAGGUUUACACCAGAAGAAAAUAUCUGGCAAUACCCUGCAAGGUUGUGCAGUAAUGGGAGUGUCACUCAAAUGGCAUUUGUGUGAUGUCCCGUUGUGUUCUUUAAUACCCCGUUGUGGCACACAUAGACUUUUUAUUUAACUAUUAUUGUUCUCCGUCAGAUUGUUUAUAGAUGUCAACAUUUCCUACCACACUUAAAGGCAGCUUCAAUUUACAGAGAAAGAGGAAAAGAAAAGAGACGGAGGGACUGUGUUUUUUGCUGGAGCUUGUUGCAGGAAGCAGUCAGCUGUAACACAUCUCUGGUCAGUUCAGUGCUUGUGACAGCUGACCGUCUCCUGCAACAACUAAACACAGUUGCUUUGUCUCUUUACUUUUUCUCUGUCUCAGAGAAAUUAAGCUGCUUUUAAGGGCCCUCGGAAAUGUGGAGAUCUAUAAGCGAUCUGAAAGAAAACCGUAAUUAUGAAAUAUAGAGUCUACUUGUGCUACAUUGUGGUGUUAAAGAACACAAUAGAAUGUCACACAAAAACAUUUGAAAUGACACUACCAUAUCCACACAACCCUGCGGAGCACUGCUGUGUCUUUUUUCUGGUCUGAACGUGCCCUGCCAAGUAUGAUUGCUAAUUACAUGACUGGCCACCGCAGGGUGACAUUUUCAAAAGUCUCAACUUUUUGCCACAAGUCACUGCAGUUUUUGUCAAAGCCACAGGGAGCCCUGGAGAGUUGCUAAGAAGCCCAGGUUGCAGACCCAUGGUAUAAGUGAAACCAAAACAUCUGGUGGCUGGCUGCAGUAUAGUUCAUAAAUCCCUCCACCUCUAUGUUAGCGGAUUUGACAUGGGCCAAACAAAAAAAUUAAAGUACUUGUCAAGUACUUUUUUUUAUUUUUUUUUUACCAACAAUGGUUUCUGUUAUUUAAGGUAGUAAGUAAGUAAGUAAGUUUGUUUUUUAUUUAUUUGAUGC